GAGGAGCCAAGACGCGAGGCGGAAGCCCAAGCGGCCCCACUGCACUCGCGCCGGCCCGUCCCCUCAUAGGGGGCCAAUGGGCUCUCAGGACGCGCACCUAACGACGCGGGCCCCGCCCCUUGGAGACGCGCGCCGGCCUGGCCAACAUCCGCCGAGGUAGCAAGAGGUUUGAGAGGGGUCUGGGGUCCUGGCGGCCCGCCGCCAUGAAGCUGACGCGGAAGAUGGUCCUGUCCCGGGCCAAGGCCUCGGAGCUUCACAGCGUGAGGAAGCUCAACUGCUGGGGCAGCCGUCUCACUGAUAUCUCCAUUUGCCGAGAAAUGCCCAGCCUGGAAGUGAUCACCCUCAGUGUCAACAGCAUCUCCAGCCUGGAGCCCGUGAGCCGCUGCCGGCAGCUAAGCGAGCUGUACCUGCGCAAGAACCGCAUCCCCAGCCUGGCAGAGCUCGUCCACCUGAAGGGCCUCCCGCGCCUGCGCGUGCUCUGGCUGGCCGAGAACCCCUGCUGUGGCACCUGCCCCCACCUCUACCGCAUGACCGUCCUGCGUACCCUGCCACAGCUGCAGAAGCUGGACAACCAGGCUGUGACGGAGGAAGAGGUGUCCCGAGCGCUGAUGGAGGGAGAAGAGGUCACGGCCCCCAGCAGAGAGGACUUGGGGAGCAGCCCACCUGAGCUAUCCUACACCCCAAGUGCUGUGGACGCCGCCACUGAGACGACACAGGAUCCCCUGAGCCUCGGCGAGGGGGAGGCCAGCAGCGACCAGGGGCAGCUUGGCCUGAAGCCCACCUCCCGGGACCGGUUUCCUCCGUUCUCGCAGCGGGAGGCCGCAAGCAGUUGCGCGAGCAGGGGUCUCCUCCAUCUGCUGCUCGAGUCGCUGCAGCUUGUGCCCGGGCUCGUCCCUGCUCACGGGCCACCCUAUCUCCGAAGGACAGAGCUGUUUCUCACUCCAUGUCCUCUGGCCGGCACAGCAGCUUCCCUGUGUGCCCCUCCCCCCAGCAGUGACAGCUUGAAAUGGGUGCAGAGUUCACCAGAGGUGCAGAGAUGGACACACAGAGGCCCUGUCCCACCAGAAGGCGUCCCCCCAGGGCUGCGGUGGGUGUGGCCGCGGGCCAAAGGCCGAUGCAGAGAGCAGUCAGUGGGCCUGUGGCCAGUCUCCUUCACCCGGCCCCGCCCCAGAGGGCCACUGCCCCCUGGGACCACAGCCUGCUCUUCCGCAAGGUGGCUGUGUGGACAGCUCCGGGGCCCUGCACACAUCUUCCACGCGUUUCAGGAGGAGCCCCAGGUGUGUAUUGUCGCCGGUGGCAGGUCUGCCCAGCGGCUGGGCUGAGGCCAGGAGCUCCCCACCCCACCCCCAUGGCAGGGCCUCUGCCGAAGAGAGUGGACCAGGGAUUGAAGGUGCUGGUUCGACUCCGUGCCUGCCAUAGAUACAUGCAAAAGACUAUCAUACCUGCUCAAACAGGAUGCUUGCUCUGAAAGCAGAGGACAGAAGGGUCUGGCCCUGCUUCCAGGGGUCCCUGUGGUCACCCAGGCUGGGUGGCCCUAUGGCAUCCAGCCCCCCACAAGCUUCUGAGUGCGGGUGCUAGUGGCCAGGAAGACCUGGGGACAUGGGCAGUUAGUGAGAUUUGAGGGAGCAGGAGCCUUAGGGCGUUGCAGAUGCCAGGGGCCAGCAUCCCAAGCGGGUCCACAUGGGCCACAUGCUCUGAUUUGUGGCCAUCCCUCCAGUCAUCCCACAAGAAGGAUCAGCUUCGUGUAAAAUCUUUCCCGGAUUUUCCCAGUAGAAGUGGUGUUUCCCUGCUCAAAUGCAGGUGGAACCCAGGUGUGGUCAUGUGAACGUGUGUGCUCAUCACACACUAACCCCAUGUGCAUUUGAGCACAUGUUACUGAUCACCUGCUUCUGAUCUCUGCUCCAUUGCUGACCAGCUGUGUGAUGAGGGCCCAUUACUCAGCCUCUCUGAGCCUCAGGGCUGGGCGCAGGAGGUGAGUCAGUUCAUAGGAAGUCCCUGCAGGCGGCAAGCGCUGUACCCCAGCCACGGCCACGGCUUCUGUCUGCCCGGGUCUGUCUGGAAGGCUGCCCCUCCUGUGUGUGUGUGUGUGUGUGUAGUGUGGGUGCCCCUCCUGUGUGUGUGUGUGUGUGUGUGUGUGUGUGUAGUGUGGGUGGCCCAGUGUCACAGGUGUGGCUCUCAGGCAGUGACUCUGUGUCCCCAGAACAACAUCCUGACAGCCAUCCUGAUGCUGCUGCAAGAGCUGGACAUCAAGGGACUGGAGGCCGUCCACCAGACCGUGGUCAGCCGGCUCCAGACCCUGCACAAGCAGGAGUUGCAGGAGGACAUGGAGUGACCCCAAGUCAGCGGGACCCUGCGCUGAAGCCCAGUGUCUUCCCGAACCUGGGAAGGGGGCUCCCAGCUGCAGCCUCUGGGGACAACCCCAGGCUGAGCCCAGGCACAGGGCUACAUCCCUGGGAAGCCAAAAUCUUGUUGCAGACGGCACCCGGCAGGGGCAGGAGAGGCUGCUGGGUAGACCGCCCUGUGCCCUCUGCUGGGAGGGUCAUGGCUGGGUGCCUCCUGUCUCCCAGGACCACCUUCGUGUGGCUCCUCCUCAGGGUGGGCUCUGCGGUCAUCCUAAUAAAUGCUUUCCCGAAGUCUGGUGUGGGAGCAGGCGUGUCCUCCAUGACAGGUUCACUCUUGUUAAGGUGAGGGCAUUGCUCACGUGUUUUCUCCAUGCCAGUUGUGACUUGGUCACGGGAUGGAUUUCUGUCAACCGCAGGGAACUUCCAGAAUGAAGGCAGCUGUAGGGACAGGCCACCUGCCGCCUCCAGGACAUCUUGUCUGCAAGGCACUUUGUGUCCAUUGUCAAGAGCCCCACACGAUGCAGGGGUCUAUGCUGCCCCUGCAUGAGGGGCUGGACGACGGGGACCCAGUCAGAAGCAGCAGCUGCGUGGGAAGGGACAGCUUCUGGAAACCAUGCCUUAGGUUUUCUUCUGUUGGGAAGCAUCGCUGGUGGGGAAGCAUUGCUGGUGGGGAAGCCGCAGACCCAGGGGCUGUCCUGGGGCCACAGUGCAGUGGGAGGAGGGGCUGUCUGACCCGUUAGGGAGUGCCUGCCUGUUCUUGCUGGGGUGGAAGUGACGGGCACUGGCGUCCAGUGGGAUCUGAGGGUCCACAGACCCAAGGGGAGCUGGCUGAGCACCUGGAAGACCCCGGACUCCGGGAAGAGGGAGCUGCACCCACUGAGACUCAUCUCCCCUGGGAGCCCCGGGGAAGGCGUGGUUCAUCUGUGGGGCCCCCUAUAGUUCUCAGGGCAGGGGUGGGCUCUGGCCUUGGGCAGUGGGGACUCGCCACGUGGGGGCAUCCAGAACGGAUGGCCACUGCCGUGCACGUGCCUUCUCUUGUAAUUAUGAGAUGUUGGAUGCUCUCAAUAAAGUCCAUCCUGAUGAGA